AAACAGCUCACUAACGGGCCCCAGCCUACUUUGACCGUGGUCGUGGUUGUGGUUAACAGUUUCUACGUUGCGUCGGUACCGCGCGAUAGCCUACUACGUUUCGUAUCAGGAUGUAUCAGGUGUUUCAUCGGAUGCUAUCGGCAAGCCUUCUCGUUUCCAAUUAAAAGCCUCUCCAUAUCCAAGUGCAAUACGUAAAUGGAGGCGCAAUAGUGGAUUUAGCGGAUGUGUGAUUGAUGGAGGUCAUAUCCGAUCCAUAUGGUGCGCAACAACGCCGGCUCCCGUAUCAUCGAACCGAUGCAAAUGCAUCAGCAAUGGUGCUUGUGUUAGCCAACGUUGUCCAAGGAGGCUUUGUGUGCGGUGAGCUUCUCCAAGGUGAUCCAGUGCCGGGCUGGCGACGAUUGGCCGGUGUGCGUACGCCGGAAGUGUAAAACCUGUCACGCACCGCGCGUGACACAUCCAAGAACUUCUUGCCGAAAGGGUCAACUCAAAUUGGAUGAGAACUAGUUUUGUUCGCUCUCCCUCUCUUUGUUUGUGUGUGUGUGUCUCUCUUUCCAACGUGAUAAGACGAUGUGUGCGAAUACGCUCGUCGGAUAGGGGAUUGUGCGAAUCAUUCGCUUGUUAGAAUCAAACCGGAACGACAACAACCCCAGUGUACACACGUCCACCAAGGCGUCAACAACCACAUAAAUUAGCUAAGGUUAAACGGUUACAGUGACGAUCGUUAUCAUUAUGUGAAGAACCACAUCAGCUACACCCACUGUGCAAAAGAUGGCGGUUACAGUGCGUUCGUCCAACGAUCGACGGCAAAGCCAAUCCGAUCCAGCGUUUCUAAGCUCCCGAUCUUCAACACGCUUCCUGCCGGUUACAUUUGAAAAUGAUGAGCCGCGGUACGAUAGCUCGCCCAACUAUCAAUGCUUCUACACGCUCAAACAACAAUGUCUCACCCGUCGGCAACUCUUCGAAGAUCCCGAGUUCCCCGCAUCGGACGCUUCCAUUGCGAUGCCCAAAGUCGCCACCGUUCGAUGGUGCCGACCGAAGGAAAUCGCUCCCACGGCCCGUUUCUUCGUCGAUGGUGCCUCCCGGUUGGACAUCUGUCAGGGUGCGCUGAACGAUUGCUGGCUGCUGACGGCUGCCGCUAACCUUACCGCCCAUCCGUGGCUGUUCAAGCGUGUACUGCCGGAGGACAACAGCUUUUCGGAGGGUGAGUACGCCGGCAUCUUUCACUUUCGCUUUUGGGAGUUUGGCCAGUGGGUAGAGGUCGUGAUCGAUGAUCGACUGCCAACGGAUGCUGGUGGAAAGCUGCUGUUUGGAAGAUCGGGCAAUGGGGACGAAUUCUGGAGCGCUUUGUUGGAGAAGGCGUACGCUAAGUUUUACGGUUCGUAUGGAGCGCUCGAUGGUGGUACGGCACGCGAAGCUAUGCAGGAUCUUACCGGUGGACUGACCGAGUUUUAUCAGCCCAAGAAGAUGGCGGCCGGUAGGGAGGAACAGCUGUGGGAUAUACUGAGAAGUGGGUCGGAGAUGGGAUCUCUGUUUGCCUGCAACCUGAAGAGCGAUCCAACGGGAGAAAAUGUCGCCACCAAGGAGGGCCUUCUGCGCGGACAUUCGUACUCCAUCACCAAGGUGCACACGAUAGCGGGUUUGGUGGCUGAUGGCGAUCAGAUCCGACUGCUGCGAGUCCGCAACCCCUGGGGAACGGGUGUCGAGUGGAACGGGAAGUGGAGCGAUAAGUCCCGCGAGUGGAAAUCGCUCAACGCGGCGGAAAGGAAGCGAACGGGGCUAACGCUGCAAAAUGAUGGCGAGUUCUGGAUCGAGCUGAGCGACUUUAUGAAACACUUUGACCGGUUAGAGGUGUGCCAUCUGUCGCCGGAACUUCACAGCGUGCAGGAUGACGCGGGGGAACGGGACACCAAGCGUUACCGGUGGGAGCUAAGCGCCCUGGACGGUCAAUGGAUACGGGACACAACUGCCGGUGGCAAUGUGUCCUUCCUCGACACGUUCCCCCUAAACCCACAGUACACGAUCCACGUGCAGGAGCACACGACGGGCUCGAGCGUGGUGAUCGCACUGAUGCAAAAGUAUCGCCGAGCGGACGCCCUGCCAAGCCUCACGAUCGGGUUCAUCGUGUACAAGGUGACGAGUGAAGACUUGCGCCAAAAGCCGGUGCCGAAAGAGUUCUUCCAACAGCACGAUCACGCCAUCGUCGGUGGAUCGAUCUUCAUUAAUGCGCGAGAAAUUAGCUGCCGCCUAACGCUCGAUGCCGGUCUGUACCUUGUCAUCCCGUCGACGUUCGAGCCGGGUGAAGAAGGCGACUACCUGCUGCGUAUCUUCACCGCCCGCGGAAACACACUGUGCGAGAACGACGCCAUCCUGUGCUUCGGAACGCUCGACGAUCGUGUUACCGAGCAGGGCAAGUUCUUCGAAACACCCCGCUGGGCAAUGUUGGCGAAUGCGUUCUACAAUCGGGCAAAUGCGUACCAGCAGCUAGAGACGAACUAUCUGCAGGACAUUCUGUGGGAACAGUUCUUCCGCAAGAGCUUCGUUGCUGGUGAUGCUCAACCCGUAAAAGCCAAACGAACCGGAUCUUCACCUCUGCGCAAGUUCUACUCCUGUCUAUUGCAGCUUUGCGCAUGCUUCUGGAUGCAAUCGAGUGCAAGGAAAAGCUGUCAAGAAAUUCCUCCCACCGAAGCGAAACAAAUUCACCAGAAAGAGUUGGCCAGAAUAGGGACGCUUCUGCUGAGCCGUAUCGCCGGCGGGCAGGACACGAUCGGCUAUGAGCAGUUUCGUACGAUCGCGCGUGACGUUUACCAGUGGGAAACGGUGUUCCGGCUGUACGAUACGGACGGGAGUGGGACGCUCGAUCGGCGAGAGCUCCGGCAAGCGCUUCGCUCGUCCGGCUUCAACAUCAACAAUCGCAUCCUGUGCAAGUUGCUGCGGAUGGUGGUGGAGCUGAACCGAUCGCAGAUAGAGCUGAUCGAUUAUGUGCUGUGUGCGGCCGAGUGUCGGCAUGCGAUCGAUGUCUUACAUCAGGACACGCCAACAUGAAAAGGAAGGGGCCAACGAAAAACACGCCAUACAAGAAAGCAUUUAAAGACUCUGAUGGAAACAUGACUUCUAAACGCCAACCAACAGCUAGAGACGAACUUCUACGCUAUAAUAUAACCUCGUCAUCGAAUAAAUAUACUUAUCGCUUACCGCAA